AUGAAAAAAACUCGGCUACGGACUGCUUCAGCGUCUAGAAAAACUGACAAGGCUAAACGGCAUAAGUAUCGAAAAUUUGAUGAAUUGCUACCCAAAUUAUGCACAGCAAAAUAUAAUGAAACAAGAAGCGCAGAAAUAUGUAAACAAAAGGUUGCUAAAGAAGAAGACAAGAAAGGAAGCAGUAAAACUCCACGUAAACAUAUCAAGCAAAUAAAAAGCCGUAAGAAAGCAAAACGUUCAGUCUGUAGCACAGCAACAAUCAGUUCAGGAUCAGUAGAACGAAUCAGUUCUGAUUCGCGAGCUCAAUCUAAAGAACGUUUGAAAACUUCAAAAGAACAAACUAAAGAAACACCAAUUGAUUCAAGAGAAACUACUAGUGGUAGACCAGUUCAAUCGAAAGAAUAUGUCAGUAAAUCGUUAGAUUCUCGAGAAUACUUGAUCAAAAGCUCAAAAGAACCAAUUUACUCUAGUGAAUGCACUGAAGAAUAUUAUGCCAAACAACUAAGCAAGCUUAGCUCCACAGAAGAAAGUACCGAAAGUUGGCAACAGAAGAAUUAUACAGAAGAAAAUCUCAAGAAGAAAGAAAAAGGUGUGGAUGAUACUUGGGACAAGAAAAAAACAUCUGGACGGAAAAAACCAAAGCGACCUCAUUAUUACAAGUCUCCGAGAAACAGGGCUCCAGAAGGCCGUAAAUUGAAGAAAAAGAAGUCCAUUCAGCGAUAUCCACGUCCAUAUUACUAUGAUCCUGACCGAGAUGUUGUGCCAGAUAGUCUGAGAGAUUUGAAGAAAAUAAGUUGGCGAAGGAAACGGACUCCUGUUUGUUCAGCUGCUUUGCUUGCUAAUAAAUUUUAA